AAUUAACACCAAUUUUAAACCACUGUAUCGAAUUGUAGACAGGGAGGGAGCCAUCGUUAAUUCACAACAAUACUUCCAAAGGCUAAUUCAUAUAAAACGCGGCUAUAAAAGGAACUUGACAUCUUAUAUGUAAUUAAAAAUAACAAUUACCUUAUAUUUAUUUUCCCAGCCAAGAUGGCGCUAGCAACUGAAAAAUAAUUUUCUUCACCCCAUACAGUACGUAGGCCAAGGUCACUCUAAAACCAGGGGGUAUGAUCACCGACCCAGACGUAAAACUCUGUCGGCUUUGUCGCACUAGCUCAUAUGCAUAAGCAUAAGCCGACAUAUGCAGACGCACCAAGAUCUUGGUAAUUAAUUAGCUUCUUUUGUUAGGAAUAUUUCCAAGGAAAGGCGCUAAUUAUCAACAUCUAACGGCAUCUGCGUAUGUUAGCUUACGCUUAUGCAUUAGGGAGAACCAGCCUAUACAGCGUGACAUCUUUUCAUUUCAUUUUACACUUGGGAGGAAUGAACACUCAAUAUGCAUGAACCUCCGUUGCAGCCGGCUAAUUCAUUAUCAAACACGCAUUGACUACAUCCUAAUUAGCUUUAAGCCGCUACAAUGCAAUGAACAUGUCAUGAUCAUUUAGUUUCGUUUUUCUUCUUCCUGUUGCUUGUUUUUAAAACACUGCAGCGACGCUGCUUGGUCGCUGGCUGAACUUUUUGUGGCUGUGACGCAACUCAUCACGUAACUGCCGAAUAGUAAAAGAGCCAUUAAAGCACGAUGAACACGAUUGAUUACUUACUAUAAAGUCCUCUUGAAAGACGAUUGGCAUGUAAAUUAAGCUAGCUGCGUAAUUUGCAUGUUUUUAUAAGGUAUUACAUGUACACUGUAGCUCAUAUAAGGUCAUAUAAGGUCAUAUAAGUUCGACACAGGUACGCAGUGCCAUUGGAAUUUCUCGUACUAAACUGACCACGACUGGGAAACACACAAGAUAUAUGACUCUAUGACAAGAAUAUAACACACAUAACAGUACUACAUGUCGAAACAAACAAACUUUUCCUCCAAAUUAUAGCUGUUAGAUUUCGAUAUGAGUUUGCUAUACCUCAUUAAGUUUACUAUCGAGUACAAAGGAAUACCACAGAAACAGUUUAUUAAGACCUGGGCUACCGAGGCCGAUGUAGCACUGAAAGCCAAAGAAAAGGGCAAAAUACUUCAAAUAUGGAAGGUGGUCGGAGAACGCAAAGUAUUUUGCGUCAUGAGAGCCGAUAGCCCUGACGAUAUAGACCGUCUUUCAUUUCACCUUCCGAUGUUCAAAGAGAUGGGAGACCAGGUUCAAAUGGAAGUGACACCUUUAAGGUCUUACGCAGGGUUAGCUACUGAUCUGAAGCAAAGAGUGAACGCUGGAGAUGAGGCGAUAUUUGAAGACAUACCCACAGUCCCAAAAGCAGGUUUAUUCUACUGGGUUACAUUUAAUAUCGAAUACCCAGGCAAGACGCAAGACCAACUAUUGACCGUGUGGCUUGAGGAAGCUAAAGCCGCUUUGCGAGGCAAGAAAAGUGGAAGAGUGGUGGACUUGUGGAAAGUGGUGGGAGAACGAAAGGUGUUCAUUCUCUUAUGUGUCGAGAGCCCAUAUGAAGUGGAUCGCAUUUCGUUUGACCUGAGAUCAAGUAUUCAACAUUCGGCUAAUAGCACUAGCGGGGAAAUUAUCUUUUUUGGUAACUUGUAAAGUAGCUUUACAUUGCAAUCCUGUCGUUUACAUUUCCAAAAGUGACUGGCUUCCACAGGUAUCAGAACAAUGGAAAAAGCAAACAAACAAAACCCCCGGGCGUACAAGGGGAGAGGGGUGGCUGCAUGCACUCCUCCAUAACUUUUUUCAAAAGUUUUAAAGAGACUUUUUACUCUAAGAUACUCAAGUGUGUGUCCAUUAUUUUUGACGUUGCCGUGGCAACCACAAAUUUGAUGUAGGUCAGGUCGAAAAAUCAUGUUUUCUUGACACAAUUCUCUAUUUUUCCAGUGUUCUUCAUCCAAUUGCAGAAAUUCAUAACUGUUUAAAUUCCAUAAGUAUUCUGGCUUGAAUUUGCAUUAAUCCCCGCUGGAAUCCAAGAUGGCGGAUCCAAGAUCCCGGGACAAAUGACCUCAUUUGACGUCAUAACUAACAAGAAUGGUGUCAAGCUCAGGGCUAUCUACUCAAUAGAAAUUAUUUUCGCUGUGCCUUAACAGAACGAAAACGCAAGGGAGGGGUUCCAUUCAAACCCACUCACUCCCCCCCCCCCGCCCCCUUUUGAAUCAUGGUGCGGGAUAUGAAUCCGAGGGUUAAGUUAAACUUCCAAGUCUGAAAGGCAUUGUGCUCAAACCAGCCUUAGAGCCACUUCAACAAGCGUCUGGAAAUUUGACGUUUUCAACAAGGGAAAGUCCCGCAAAGGCUCAAAGGGGGUUUCUCCGUACCCGUAUGGGGAAAAUCUGUUGAGUGAUGCGAACGCAGGCAUAAAAUUGACAUUGCAAUUUUUGCGCCUGCACUCCCCUUUCGCAGUCUAUUUCUAUAACGUAUAUCUGUGCAGGAUUUCUUUGGACGAGAGAGUCCAAGAGGGGUAAAGGGGUAAGACUGUGAAAAGGUAAAAGCCACACCCAAGAGGUACAAAGACGACCAUAUCCUCUUGAAAGAGCCAUAAGCUUUUAAUAUUUAAUAUUUUUAUUUACCAAUAUUUAACCUUGCACAUUAAUCCCUUUAUUAUCGUGCUGUGGACAUGUUUGGGCGAGUAACAAACAGCUAAGAAAACCUUCCUCGAAUAACUCCUCCGAAUGUCUGAGCAUUCAAAGGUUUCUCCACAGAUUAACAACAAUCUGCACAAAGCGGCACGAAAACAACGCUUUCACAUUUCAGGAAGGAUUAUGCUCGUUCCUUGAAUCUUUGCUGUGUGGUAGAUCUCGAUAUCUCGUACACAAACAUCUCCACAUUAAAAAAGCUAAACAGUUAUUUGCUAAGUAUAUCGAUAAAAAAAUUAAAUCAAAGAUAUUCACCGGCAAAGUUUACUGUGUUUGCUGUAGUCAAUGAACAGUCACUCGAGGAGAAGUCCUCAGUUCUUCAAAUAUAAAGCGUUGUAAAACAAAUAAAGAUCCGGAC